GGAUGCUAUUGCAUAUGUGGUGGACGUCCCAAUAAGGUCAUUGUGCAAUGUGCAUUCUGCAUAAUACCCUAUAUACCAAACGUAUUAACAUCGCCAGGUUUCACAUUGGGCAUAGAGUGACUUAAUUCCCUCAUGAUUUGCAACUUAUUGUAUGAAAAUAUAUUUUCCCAGUAAUGGAAUUCUCUUUACCAAUAUAACCAAAAGAAAAACGUAAAGAGGAAUUAAAAUAAAAAAAAAAAAGAGUUUGUUUGGAGCAUUGUAUCGAACACAUGCCAUGCCAGUUUUGUAGAACCAACUACAAAAUUAAGCUAACAAAAAUUCUUAACUCCUCCCAUCCAAAGCCGCCGACCUAAACGAACUCAUGUUGAAGGAUGGUUUGAGUUUGAUGCAGAGGUUUGAUUGAAUUCGAGAAAGAGGUAGUCAAAUGGUGAAUUCGAAGAAUGAAGGGACUCUCAUGUGAUAAGAGCUUUAGUUGAGGGACUUCCCCUUUCGUCCUUUUGUUUCUUUUCCCCCUCUUUCGUGCACUUUCGGAAACUCUGUGAUUCAAACUGUGAAAUAGCCAAUGCAGAGACUCCAAUCUUUAAACCGUCGAUUAUCAUCCCUAAAUCGAUGUGUGGAUUCAAUUAAUUGGCGACUUAACCCUACUCAAUCCUUUUGUUCCUGCCAAAUUGUCAACAAUGGCAAUAACCGCAGGAAACCUGGGGAAAAGAGAAAGGAGAAAGAGACGCUUUACUCCAAAAUCAGCCCAUUAGGAAACCCUAGUAUCAAGGUCACUCCGGUUAUUGACCAAUGGGUUGAAAGCGGCAAAAGAGUCCGAUUUGCAGAGAUUCUUCGCAUCAUUCACGACCUCCGCAAACGUAAUCGUUUCUCUCAAGCCCUCGAGAAAGGCUCAGAAAUUGGAAUAAUUUUCGUGAUGGAUGAUGAUAACAGGUUUCUGAAUGGAUGGAAAAUAGUGGCUUAUACGCAUUCACACCCACAGAGCACGCUGUCCGGCUUGAUUUGAUUGGUAGGGUACAUGGAUAUCUUUCUGCAGAAACUUACUUUAAUAAGUUAACUGAACAAGAUAAAACCGAGAAGACCUAUGGUGCUCUUCUGCAUUGCUAUGUGCGCCAGCGAGAAGUCGGUAAGUCCUUGUCUCAUCUUCAGACCAUGAAGGAGAAAAGGAUCUGCCUCUCUGCUGUUGCUUACAAUGAUAUCAUGUCCCUUUAUACUAAUGUUGGUCAACACGAGAAGGUUCCAGAUGUGCUAAAUCGAAUGAAGGCGAAUGGGGUUACCCCUGACAAUUUGAGUUACAGAAUCUGUAUCAAUUCAUAUGGAGUCAGGUCAGAUUUUGAUGGCAUGGAAAAAGUGCUCCGUGAAAUGGAAAAUCAACCUGGGAUGAAGGUCGACUGGAAUACAUAUGCAGUUGUUGCGAAUUUCUAUAUUAAAGCAGGCCGAGAGGAUGAAGCUAAUAGUUACCUUGUAAUGGCAGAAAUGAAACUAGAAAAAAAGGAUAAUCUUGGCUAUAACCAUCUCAUCUCACUCCAUGCGCAUUUGGGAAACAAAGAUCAAGUUCUUUGGUUAUGGAAACUACAGAAACAGACUUCAAAAUGUAUCAACAGGGAUUACAUCAAUGUGUUGAAGAGUCUGGUGAGGCUUGGUGAGUUUGAAUUAGCAGAGGAGUUGCUCAAGGGGUGGGAAUUGUCUGGAAACUGCUAUGAUUUCCGACUUCCACUCACAAUUAUAGAUGGGUACAUCAAGAAGGGGUUGUGUAAAAUGGCUGAGGCGAAGCUUAGAAAUUUGAUGAAUAAAGGGAAAGCAACUACACCCUCAAGUUGGGAAAGAUUAUCAGCAGGAUAUCUAGAAAUGGAUGAACCAGUUAAGGCCUCAGAGUGCAUGAAAAUUGCUGUCUCGUUUGAGGGGAAGCAUAAAGGAUGGAAGCCUGACCCUCGUGUGCUUGCAAAACUGGUAGACUUCUCACCUGAUCAAUUGGGAGGGAAAGAUAGUGACGAAUCCCUAUCUUUCAACAGUGUUAUGCCUGAGAGUAGAUAGUACAUAAUCACGGCUGAUAAGGAUCAUCCAUUAGGCAUUGUAAUGUGGAGGUGUACUACAAUUGAUUUUGCUGACGUGAGAUCUAGAUAAACAGGAGAACAGGAAAGAGAGGUCUUUGCACAUUGCUAAAGAUAAGAGUUGUUCGCAUGUCUGAUAUUGCCUCUUCAAUGCUACUACGCAUCGGUAUCAAUAAUGAUGCUUGUUUAUGUUAUUUUUAUGACCUUCUGGAGUUGAACUGAAAGGUAAUUUCAACUUUUUGCCUUAUGUUAUUCGAGAUUCCUGGCCUAGUGGGGUGGAAAGGUUGAUUCUCUGUUUGGUCUGAAAUUCUAAAUUAUGAUUAGAUGUUUGCUAAUCUUUCAUUAAUCUCAGUCCAAAUAAAUCCCUUAGAUGUAAUAGAUCGACAAGAUAUGUAUUUAAAUGGCAACAAUUUAUUUUUUUUGCCUCCAUGCAGUGAUACUUUUACAAUCGAGUAUCAGAAUUAGAGCAGAAAGUACAAAGAGAAAUUUUCUUUGGUACACAAGAUUAUAGUAAUGCAGGCACAAGAUAAUGAUGUGACCCUGCAUCUCAAAUUUUCAUACUGUUGAGGAGAACAAUCCUCUCAAACAUGAAUUGUAUAGGAGAUUGUUUUACAAUAAACCCUCCUUUCUUUCCAUAACGAUAACAAAUGCAUUAUUCUCCCUCCAUCCAGUAAAAAG